AUGAAUAAGGCCUACGAUAGACUGGAAUGGAGCUUCUUGCAAAGGGUCAUGGAAGAGUUCGGUUUCAGUAGUGAGUGGGUGAGGUUGGUGAUGAGCUACGUGAAAAGUGCUACUUACAGAUUUAAAAUAAAUGAAAACCUGUCAACCAAGAUCUUCCCACAGAGAGGUGCGCAGGAAGAAGAAAUUUAUCAACUCAUUCAGAUUCUAAAUAAAUAUACCGAAGCAUCAGGCCAGAGAAUCAACACUGAGAAGUCUGGACUGAUAUUUGGUAAUCAACGUAGAUGCGCAGUUAAACCAUCAUGCAGCAUAUGUCAGGCUGAGAACGAAACAGUUGAACAUGCAUUACUAUUGUGUCCGUGGACUAGGGCAGUUUGGUUCGGUUCUAGCCUUCAAAUUGCGCCUACAGCCAAUAAUGUUUCAUCUUUUGAAAAAUGGAUGAUGGAUACAGCAAGGAAUCAACACAUUUACCAGCAAAUAAGAAUCAAUCCAAAACAGGUAAUUAUCAACGCAGAGCAGCUAGCAACUGAAUAUCACAAUACAACAAGGAGUCGCAGCACAGACAACAUAUCAAGAGCAGAUAGGAGUGGUGAAAAGAAGAUGAUUACCUGGAGGCCCUCGCCACAAAACAAGUUGAAGGCAAAUACUGACGCGGCUUUCCAUAAGGAAUCUGGCACCGCAGCUGCGGCAGUCGUCGUCAGAGAUUGGCAGGGAAAGAUCAUUACUGGAACAACAUCAAGGUUCAUCACAACUUCAGCAAUAGCGGCAGAGGCUCAAGCAUAUAGAGAGGCACUUAUUCUGAUUAGGAAUUUACAAAUGGACAAUUGCAUAAUUGAAACUGACUGUCUACCUUUGGUUCAAGCCAUCAAGGCUAGAAUGCCCAUAGCAGAAGCGGAUGCUAUCAUCAGAGACAUUCUCCAGCUGCUGGACGAGGCUCCGGACGUGGGAGCUACCUGGACUCCAAGGGAAGGCAAUAAUGUAGCUCACCAACUGGCAGCAAUGGCAGCAGGGAAUGAAAUCAAGAGACAGUGGAUAUUUGAUCCUCCUAAUCAAAUCAGGAACACAAUCAGAACAGAAGCUGGAUUCGCAAUUCUUCAGCACAAUCAGCAGAUUCAUAAAUAA